AUGUCGGCUCUCCGAGUUGCAUGGUUUGGAGGGUUGAUUUCAAUAGGUGCAUGUGUUAUUACAACAAGUUUAAAUGGAGUUUGGAUUGUGUCAAAUGAACAAAAGAACAUCAACAUUACUGGGCAGGUCCCUGGCAGCAUGUAUACCGCACUGAUAAAUAACAACGUAAUCCAGGAUCCAUAUUACCGUGACAACGACCUGAAGUAUCGCUGGAUCGGGCGAGAUGAUUGGAUGUACAGCAGGGUGUUUAAUGUGACCUCAGAAAUGAUGCGGAUGACCAAUGUUAAGUUGGUCAGUGAGGGGCUGGACACGUUUGCCACGGUCAUGAUCAAUGGUCAUCUGGUGGGGGAGACAGACAACAUGUUCCUCCAGUACGUUAUGGACAUCAAACCUUACAUCAAAAGUUUAUAA